CUGGGAACACAGAGCUGACCCGGGGACCAUGCAGCUGCUCCUGCUGGCCACGGGGCUGAGCCUUUUCUCUGCAGUGCAAGCUGCGUUGCCUUCACUGGCUCCCGCUCGUGCCGAGGAGCUUCCAGGAACCUGGUACAUGAUACGCUGGGCAGGAGACAUGCCUAUUCCUGACGAGACGAAGAACCACCCAAUGCCUCCCUUCACGUUGCGCAUAAACAAUCAAAAUAAGCUGGAGUUCAGGAUGAACCUCAUGAAACCCAUUGGAUGCAUUGAGUUCAAGCUGCCCCUGGAUGCAGGAACUGAACCAGGCACCUUUGUAACCCGGUGGAAGCACACCAUCUACAUCUACUUCCUGCCAGGGAGAACUCACGCCAUCGCCUACUUCCAGGGCUACAUGAACUACAUGUACUACCAGAUGAUGAUGGUCAUGGCGCACAGCCUGGAUGAAGACCCAAAGAUCCUGGGGCUCUUUCAGGAGUUUGUGGACAGCAAGAACCUGAAAACAAAUGAACUCAUUGACCCUCCUCGUACUGAUGCCUGUAAGUUGGCCAGAGAGACUUAGUACAAAGAAGCAGGGCCAGAGACGGCCCAGAAGGAGCUGGGACUCCGCCGCCGUUUGUCACCCAGAGGCAGAACUCCUAGCGACAAGAGACACCAGGCCCAGCACCCACACCUCCCCAAGCCUCUGCUGUCAAUAAAGUUGGUCAACUUCCCCUGGCCAUGUGCACCACA